AUGUCAGUUCUCCCUCUCGCCCUGCCUGCAGCAGCAGCUGGUCUUGCAUACCUCAACGGUCGCCAUGGCUUCACAUACGACUGGCCACUACUUUCUUCCUUCGUUGGCAGCAGCGUCGCCGGCGCGCUGCAAGAACGACGCGACACCCUGAACCUCUUCUACGAACUCGAGGCGCAUGCCAAAUCCUCUUCGCGCGCAAAUCACGCCUGGAUCAUAUUCCAGGGAAAGACGUGGACCUAUGCCCAGGCUUACGAUGUGGUGCUCCGCUAUGGCAACUGGCUCAAGAGCAAGGGCGUGGAGAAGGAUGAGAUUGUCGCAAUGGACUUUGUGAACUCGGAGGUCUUCGUGUGGGUCUGGUUUGGCCUCUGGAGCAUCGGUGCGAAGCCGGCUUUCAUCAACUACAACCUAUCGGGCAAGCCGCUGGUACACACAAUCAAGACGAGUACGGCGCGGUUGGUGCUGGUGGACCAGGAGAGCAAGGACAAGUUCAGCCAAGAUGCGCUCAAGGAGCAUGGCCUCACUCGUGUGCAGCACGCCGACAAGGUCAAAUACACUUUUGAACAAGAGCAAUCGGACGUUCCACUAUCGGUCAAGAACCAGGCGCACACCCCCCAGGCUGCUGUCGAAGCAGGUGCCGUCUCCGAACCCUUGACCGCGCAACGAAACCUCGAAAUCAUCUUCUUCGACGAUGCCCUGACCUCAACCAUCCUCACCCAUCCACCCACGCGCCUUCCUGACUCGUCUCGCUCCGACCAAAAGCGCAGCAGCAUGGCCAUGCUCAUCUACACAUCCGGCACGACAGGCCUCCCUAAACCCGCCGUAAUGUCCUGGGGCAAAUGCGGCGGCGGCGCCAAAUUCGCCGCAAACUGGAUGUCCCUCAAGAACGACAUAGUCUACACAUCCAUGCCGUUAUACCACAGCUCAGCCUCCGUCCUUGGUGCAUGCGCUGUCCUGCGCGCUGGUAGCACAAUCGCAUUAUCCAAGAAAUUCUCGCACAAGACAUUCUGGCCUGAGAUCCGCUCCUCACACGCUACAAUCCUGCACUACGUUGGUGAAACAUGUCGCUACCUUCUCUCUGCACCGCCCUCCCCAUUAGACAAGCAACACAACAUACGGGCCGCCUUUGGCAACGGCCUACGCCCAGAUGUCUGGGAGCCAUUCAAACAACGAUUCGGCAUAGAAACAAUCUACGAGUUCUACGCUGCAACAGAAGCGCCCGGUGGUCUCUUCAACCGCUCCACAAACUCCUUUUCCAGUGGCGCAAUCGCCCGAAACGGGUCGCUGGGAAACCUUCUCAUGUCGCGCAAACUUACCCUCGUACGCAUGGAUCCCAAUUCCGACCCCCCGGAACCUCUUCGCGACCCCGUCACCGGCUUGUGUGAAAUCAGCGACUACAACGAAAACGGCGAACUCCUCGGUAAGCUGGACGCAGCAAAUAUAAAAGAGGGUUUCCAGGGCUACUAUGGGAACGAGAAAGCUACAAACUCGAAAAUCAUCAGAGAUGUCAAAGAGAAAGGGGAUGCCUACUUCCGUUCGGGCGACCUUAUGCGAUGGGACGACGAAGGAAGGUUCUGGUUCGUUGAUCGCAUUGGCGAUACCUUCCGUUGGAAAGCGGAAAACGUAUCUACAGCGGAGGUUUCAGAAGCCGUGGGCAAGCAUCCAGCGGUUGCCGAGGCAAACGUCUAUGGUGUCAGUGUCCCUGGACAUGAUGGGCGGGCUGGGUGCGCAGCCAUUGUUUUUGAACAUGGCGUUGGCGAGGUAAAUGACAAGCUAUUGCAAGAGCUGGCACAGCAUGUCAAGAAGGAGUUACCGGCGUUUGCGGUACCUGUUUGGAUCAGAGUAACGAGGGAGAUGCAGUUGACAGGAACAAACAAACAACAGAAGGUUGAGCUGCAGAAGGAGGGAAUUGAUCCGCAGGUCAUGGAAGAGAAGGGAGACGUACUGUAUUGGUUAAGGGACGGCACUUACAGGAGAUUUACCGUGGAUGAUUUGAAGAGCAUUGAGAGGGGAAACGUGAAACUUUGA